ACUACAGUACAAUGUAUAAAUCUACACGAGCGGUGAAAGCUUAGGAUCACGGACGGAUCACUCUUGAGCUUAGAAAUCUCUCGCGUAGAAUUUGCACCUGGUUGAACAUGAAUCUGGAGCUUGGUCAAUCCAUUCCUCCAGAUACGGCUCAUGCUGUCAGCGUAUCGUUGCCAACAUGGAAGGCCAACAUAGGCUAUGAGGAGGGCGAAGAUUGGGUCAUAAACAAAAUGAAGAAUGGAUAUCCGAGAUUUUUCAUCCAUAAUUCUAUUAAACGGUUCGCAGAAAUUAUAUGCCGUAGUCAUGCCAGUCCUGCCGAAACUGCUGCUUUGUUCCCUUCCCGAGCAGCUGCGCUUCGAUGUGCAGAGUUUCUUUACACUCAUGCGGCCGACUUGCACGGGCAAAGGGUCCGCAUCGUCGAGCUGGUUUUGAAUCCUCGAACUUCCAGAGACACAACUCUCCACGCACUUGCACCAGAGAUCUUCGCCGUUAUAUUCCCCAAGGAGCACUUCCCUGUUACCAAAAGCUUUUGGGCACAUACUGGGGAUGGAAUCUCGAGCCGACGAGCCGAAUUUUGCAUGGGACUUUAUGAAGAAGGUAUAUUAGUUGAGAAAUCUGUCGCUCAAGAUCAUGAGAGAGAGCCUCAGCGACUCUCGAAAGGUCCAAAGCGCUACCAGAGAGGGGACGCCACUGAAAGAUGCGUCUCCAAAUUCACCCGUCAGCCAAAUAGCACAUCAACCUCAGCAUUGAACGGAAGUCAUGGCGGAGAAGAGGCAGAUCAAUUUGUAGAAGAGAGGUUUGGUAGGAACAUGGAUCUUUCAUUUGUUGCAAAUGCAAAACUUGCAAUAAGAAAACGGAUUGCCGGCUCAUUAACGGCUGAUGUCGACUUGACGGAUGCAUUGACAAUGACGAGAGACGAGGAGCGGAUUCGUCAAAGCUCCGGGUUUUCCGAAGACGAUGUUUAUCUCUAUCCCACGGGAAUGAGUUCAAUAUUCAACACACAUAGGAUACUCUUAAAGACCCGAGGUCCCUUAAAAAGCAUCUGCUUCGGCUUUCCUUAUGUCGAUACUCUCAAAAUUCUUCAGAAAUGGGGACCGGGCUGCUUGUUUUACGGUCAUGGCUCUUCCGAGCAGCUCGAUGACCUUGAACUUCGCUUACAAUCAGGGGAGAGGUUCCUGGCACUUUUUUGCGAAUUUCCUGGAAAUCCCCUUUUGAAAACGCCAGAUCUCCAACGGAUAAGGUCGCUUGCGGACAAAUACGAAUUUGCUGUAGUAGUGGACGAGACAAUUGGAAAUUUCCUGAAUGUGCAGGUCCUGCCUUAUGCUGACAUUGUCGUCAGUAGCCUAACAAAGAUCUUCAGCGGAGACAGUAAUGUGAUGGGCGGCAGUUGUGUUCUGAAUCCCCGGAGCAAGUAUUACGACGCGUUGAGGACGACGCUUGCAGCCGAGUAUGAAGACACUUACUGGGCGGAAGAUGCGAUUUUUAUGGAAAGGAACAGUCGAGACUUCGUCUCGCGAAUCGACAGAAUAAACGUUAAUGCAGAAGCUAUAUGCGAUGUGCUGAAAGCAGACCCUCGUGUGAAAGAGGUGUUUUAUCCAAAGUAUAGUUCCACGCGCCCCUUCUAUGACUCUUGCCGAACACCUAAUGGCGGCUUUGGUGGGCUCUUGUCCGCCACUUUCUACUCGAGCGACGAUGCAAUGAAGUUCUUUGACAGCCUUGAGACAGCGAAGGGCCCUAGUCUUGGAACUAAUUUUACCCUUUGUAUGCUCUAUACUUUGUUAGCGCAUUAUACUGAGCUUGAAUGGGCCGCGGAGUUUGGUGUAGAAAAAGAAUUGAUCAGGAUAAGUGUUGGGCUCGAAGAUUCAGGAGAUCUGACAUGUAGAGUGCAACGGGCACUGGACGGACUUGGCUACCCGAAAGGAGAAACAGAGCAUUGACAUGUUUCAUGUUUGUCCCAAAAUUUGAGCAUUUGAAUCUGUCGAAAAACAGUUCUAGAAUAUUGGCCGCGACCUUGUAGAUAUGCCUUGAAAUCUUUCUAGGCCAUUCAACGUGGCUCUGCGCGGAAAGGGCGAAUAGGAGACGCAGCAGCUCUGCGCAACAGUCUAAUCGUUCUGACUUGGAGACCACCAAAUCUUGGGCAAUGGAAGCUCGGUGUCGGUGUCGAUUGGAAAGAGUGAUUCUAAGCACUCUCGCAAGAGGCGAAUAUACGUUUUUCUUGUAAUCUAUUAUACGUCCCUACAUCACAAGGAAUAAGUCUUUAUAUGUUGGUGGCCAAUAGAGAAAUGUAUAU